AUGGAGGGUGGACAUCAGAUGGAAGACGACGUCGAACGUGCGAAUGCCAACAACAAUUCGGUUUUAUUAGAAGAGGACGAUUUCAUUACCGGUUUUGAAAAAAACAUUCCCGUUGAGCUCGUUCAAACGUUGAAAACGUCGUCGUUUACGCAGAAAUUCUUCAUCGGAGUUUUGGUGUUUAAUCAUCUGGUGUAUUGGUUCGUUCCGAAUUCUCAAGAUUUUCUGGCGUUGAUCCCUGAUAAAACCAUACCGACGCACUUUUGGAACGUGUUCUCCGCUGGCUAUUUCGAAACGAACCCGUUAAAUUUGCUCUUUUCAUGUUUCAUGUUGAUAUUCAUAGGGAAAUUUGUCGAAGCGAGUUGGGAUGCUGUCGAGUUUUGCAAAUUCAUCCUCGUUACCAACGCGUGUAUUGGUGCGACGACUUUUGUCAUCAUGUUUAUUCUGUACGUCGUCACGAGGGACCAAUACUUUCUCUUUGCGAAAAUAAGCGGAUUUCACGGCGUCAUCGCCGCUUUACUCGUCGCGUUGCUUCAACUCAGUCCGGACGAGUGCGUUGCAUUCAAUUUGCCAAAAUGGAUACCCUCGUUUGCACAUCCGCCACAGUCUGUACGGAAUAAGCAUUUAAUUCUCAUGUAUGUCUCGUGUACGCUUGGAUGGUGCAUCUUUCGAGGAGCCGAACAUCACAGCUUUGGUAUUUGGCUGUUCGACAUCAUCGGCGCGACCAUGGCGUGGACGUAUUUGCGUUUUUUUCAACAGAUUAAAGGUAGGGAAGGGUACGGCGAUAGUUCACCGUUGUUUGCCUUCCACAUGCUGUUUCCACCUGGUAUUAGGUAUGUAGUUUUAAAGUUUAUAUCGACGCCUCUGUAUUACGUAUUUUGCAACGCUCGGGCGCGAGAGGAGGCAGCGUUGGAGGGAGAGAAUUCAACAACUUAUAGCAGUACGAAAUCAAACAACGUACUAUCAAAGAUUUUGAAUUUUAAGAAGAACGCGACGACGACGACGAUACCAACACCACCGACCACGGGUGACGGUGUGGACAACGCGGAUGACCCAGAAAUGAAAAGGAAAAAUGAGCUAGCCGAACGGGCGACCAAGUUAGUCGAGCAACGCAUGUUGAAUAGCAGUAGCGCUUAG